AUAGGGGAGGAGUUCCGCAUAGUCAUCGCAUUGAAUCAUUCACCUGUCGCGUUCGGCAAAAGUUUAGUUUUACUGGAGCUACUCGUAGUAGGCCUACCUUACUGUUUUUGUUACCACUAACUUCAGACCAUGCAAACGUUCUACCGUUUUUAGGAGCUGGGUGACAUGGACAAUCUAACCUAGGCCUACAAUCAGUAGGCUAGCGUGUGUUAGCCUACUUACUUACAAGGAACUACAGUGUCUGUCAACUUCGAAUGUUUGCUUUUGGAUCCAUGAAUUACCCGACAUGUAGGCCAGUGAUGUGGUCAGUCGUACCAACAUAGGGGAAAUGUAUAAUUCCUAUGUAAUUACGACGCAAGGUUCGGUAGGAGGAAACUGAAACUGUCGAUGGCUAUGAGGCAGCUGAAUUUGUUGGGAUCCCUACUGAUCAUUCUUCAGUUUAGUAUAAACACUUCUGCUCACCUUAAGAAGUUGGAAUAUGACUCGCAGAACCCCUUCAACCUAUCCGAGGGUCUGUCGGUCUGCGCCAUGGAGAGCAUGUUUCCUCUUCUGUUGCCAUGGCCACACUCUAUGAAGGUGCUCAGCAUCCAGGCCGAAGUCUGCCUUUGCUCUACAAAGAGCAGUAUGAGUAUGUAUGAACUCUGUCUACAAGUGCAGUUAGAGCUCAGCAUCACUAAUGACUCCUUCCCUGGAAGUGAUGAUGAUGGUGGUGGUGAUGAUGAUGAAGAUGAUGGAGAAUACCCCGAGGAAGAAAUCUCAACAGCAGGGGAAAAAGAGGUGGAGCCCCAAACCUCUAUUGCAACAAGUGAAGAACCUGCCUCCUUGAAUUUGUGCUACACCAUCGCGCAAGGGCUCCCUCGUUGUUACAAGGUGGCGUGUGCUGUCCACUCUUCACGGAAGCAUCCUAGGCAGACUGAGUGGUUUGGUGUGUUGUUGAAACCGAAGGGUUUGACAGCUGGCAGCAUAGUGCGUGUGACUGCUGAUUCCAUCCGUAAGGUCACAACUACCGUCACAGUACCCACAAUAGCCACAAAUUGUACAGAGUCAAAGCUCAAAGAUUGUGUUGAUCCACCUAAACUGUCAACUGAAGUGGACCUGAGAAAAGGGGAAGUUCAUAUUAAAGUUGAAGGCAAAACGGACAAGGUGAACAUUUGUGUUAAGUCAGAAAGGGCAGGGAUUUGCAAGCCAUUUCCCAGUCCCAUUCCACUGCACUCUGUCACCCCCUGCAUGUGCUUUCAGGCAUGGUGGAACAAAAUGGGAAAACGCUCUGAAAACUGUCUCUUUAGGAAAAAACUGGCUGCGGACGUCCACAAAGUGCUACGUCAGAAUGUUUUGGCUAACGUCACGGCAUCCGUGGUGCUCAGCCGAACCUACAGCGGCGUGCUGGCUCUGAGCUGGAAGGUGAGUGUGCCGUGCCAGGAGAAGGUGGUCGUGAGGCUGUGCCACCUAGGGCCUGGUGGGACCUGUCGGGAUGUGGAGAAUGGCACCUCGGAAGGAGGUGACGAUUGGAUAAGCAAUGACAAUGGAUCAUGGAGGUUAUCCGGGUCUUUCCUGAAUGUCAGCCCUCACCAUCCUCUUUGCAUUAGGAUGGAGGUGAUGGGAGAAGAAUUUGGUCCAUUGUGUCCAAAACAUGCCAGAAGAUGGCACUGGAGUAUUCUGAUCGUUGCGGUGGUUCUGCCUUUUACUCUGAUCAUCUUUGGACUUUAUUCAAAGAGGACAACUCUUGAGAAGUGGAUCCAGAAGUGGCAGAGAACGAACCUUCGCCAAGGAGGACGGGGUCAUGUGCUGCUGCUUCACCCCCCGUGUGAGGACGGGUCCCUGUCGGAGCAGGUGUGUGUGCUGGGCUCCAUGCUGCGGUCUCUGGACUUCGCCGUGUCGUUGGACCUUUGGAACCUGAUGGAGCAGGGUGCUCUGGGCCCCGUGCCCUGGCUGCACGCGCAGAUGGAGCUGCUCCGCUCCUCGGGCGGACGCGCCCUGGUGGUACUGAGCCGCACGGCUCUGGAGCGGGCCGAGGAGUGGACCUGGCAGGGCUGGACAGGGCCUCGCGCCGGGAGGUUUGGAGACAAAGACUCAGACGGGGACGCAGCUCCUCCGUCACCUGCCUUACCGCCCACAGACGUGUUCGCUGCUGCUUUGGGCUGCCUGCUGGAGGACCACCAGAGAGGCUGUGCGUCGAGAAUCUUCUCCUUGGUGCAGUUUGACUCUCACAGCCCCUUCCCCCCAGGGGGAGGAGACCCCGGCCUGCCACUCCUGUUCCGGGGCCUGAGUUUGUACAGCCUGCCUGCAGAAAGUCAACCUUUUCUGGAUUCUCUCAUGGGGCUUGGUGGGGUAUCUGCGAGACCCAGGGGGAGGUGGCUGUCCAGGACACUAACAAACUCUGGUGAGGCAGUGCCUCUCCAGCCCUGAGUUUUUCCUCAUUUAAACAUGAUGGCUGUCAUGACGAUGCCAUCGCCACAGACCUGUAUCACAGCACUGUAUCACAGCACUUAUUAUGUCUGUACACAACACAAUAUGUUGUAUAAUUUGGAACCUGUUAAAAUGUAAAGUGUAUUUGGUUCCGUCCAGAUUUAUUUGGUCCUGCUUAUGAUUCUUUGUCUAUUGGCAUUAUCAAGCCCACGUUUCUGUUAUAAAAUGAAUUUAUUGAUGAAGUAUGUAAAUAUUGGAAAUUUUUAUUUUUGCAUAAGAAACAGCCUUCACUUGGACAGUUGCAGGAAUUUGUAUUCAUCUGACGACCUAAUUUUUUGACCAGCGGCGAGUUAGAAACUGCUUGCAUAUCAUGUGUGCUAUGUUUAGAAAUAUAAAAAAGCUAUCAGUAAGUGGUACUCAAGAUGGCAUGUCAUUGGCCGUCACAACACUCCAGCGAGUGAGCGGAAGAGCACAACCAAUCCGAGCGCUUGUUUGAGUUGACCAAGAUAUAGAUGACACUCCCCCACGCAGUUGUUGUAGCACGAAACGGAAGCACAAGACAAGCAAUAAGAUAUUUCUAUGAGACCUUUAAUGGAUAGAGGUAAACAAUCAUUUUAUGUAUUUGAGUCAUUUUGGCAUGUCAUUCUACUGUUCGAUUAACCAGUGUUUGUUGAGGACCAUGUGCAAUUCUAGCAGUUGUGAUUCAUACACCCGAAAUAAAAGUGCUAUUUUUGCCUUGUCACCGGUAACAUUUUACGCACGUUUAAACGAACAGUUCCUACGUCUACGGGUUAUCGGUUUGGUGAAGGCUUGUAAUAAUGAUGUAUAAUAAUAUAUAGUGACAGUAUAUGCACCCUGAAACUAGCCUUCAACUCGUCAAACAGUUCGUUGAUUAGAAGGGAUACUGACAUGACUGUGGGAAGCAGGUGAAACACAGUGUAACAGUAUUUUUGUGAGUGUCGUUACGAAUAAUAAAUAAUGGGAGUGAAAAUAAAACAAGUGUGCUGUCACAA